AUAAUCUUUAUUAUAAUAUGUAAGUUUAUAGUAACAUUAAUUUUAUGUUAGUCCCAGGCACCAAUAAUAUUGCCAAAAUUGGAUUGAGGAACGUUCAAGGUACGUCGCGAUGUACCUUGAAUUGACAGUUCACAUACUCCACUCGGUGAGGAGAUUUUUCGAAGGAUGUUUGAGUGGAGUUUAUUUUUACGACUGAGAUGCCCGUAUCUUUAGACGUUUCGUCAAAUAUUCCUCCACUCUUAACUCAUCCGAUGCCGCUCGAGGAUUCCUCCCAAACUUACUCGAGUUUGGUAUUUUUAGUUGACCAUUAUUUUGUACUCAUUUCUUAAAACAAUUUUUUUAUAGAUAUUUACAAUGUGGGCCUGGGAGUAGCCGGGCCAGCACCCCGGUCAUGGAGCGGCCCGGAACUAGCGGGGCCAGCACUCCGGUCAUGGAGCGGCCCGGAACUAGCGGGGCCAGCACUCCGGUCAUGGAGCGGCCUGGAACUAGCGGGGCCAGCACCCCGGUCAUGGAGCGGCCCGGAACUAGCGGGGCCAGCGCCCCGGUCAUGGAGCGGCCCGGAACUAGCGGGGCCAGCACUCCGGUCAUGGAGCGGCCCGGAACUAGCGGGGCCAGCACCUCGGCCACCGAGCGGCCUGU